AUGAAUCAAGAAAUAAUAGAAGAAUCGAAUCUUGAUGAGAGUGAGAAUGAAGUAGAUGAAAUAAUUUCUGAACAAAUUAUAGAAUCUGGUAUAGUUACAAAAAAUAAUAAAACUGAAUUUGAUAAGUUCAAAAAAUUCAAUCUUAGAAAUCUUGAAAGAAAGAUUAUAAUUGAUUCAUCUGAUGAUGAAUUAGUAAAGCAACGUGAAAAAAAUCAUGAUAGUGACUUUAUUCCUGAAAAAAAAAAGAGAAAGAGAAGAAGAGCGAAUGAAUUAAAUGAUUUAUUACAAAAUUCUCAAGAAUUUUUAAAUUGGCCUAUUAAUAAAAAUAAACAUAAAUUAGUAAUUAAUGAUAAAGAACCUAUCAAAGUUCAUAUUAACAAAG